CUGCCGUCACUGUCAUUCCCGGUGGAAAUGGAAUCGAGGCUAGCCGUCGAGAUUUCAUGGAAUAUUGAAUAAGCAAACAAAUUUCAAGCAAAGCAAUAUAUAUUUCUUCAGUACAUUCAAAACGGCAAUAUUCCGAGCAGCAACAGAAGACCUCACCAUGGCAUCGGGCAUCGAGGUCUCCACGGAGUGCAAGAGCAUUUUCGAAGAGAUACGCAAGCUGAAGCAGCAUCGCUAUGUGAUCUAUGCCAUCAAGCAGGAGCGCGAGAUCAUCGUGGAUGUGGUUGGACGUCGCAAUGCUAGCUACGAUGAUUUCCUCAACGAUUUGCGCAAGGGCGGACCGGAGGAGUGCCGUUAUGCGGUCUACGAUUAUGCCUAUCAUCAUCAGUGCCAGGGCGCCUCGUCGACCUGCCUGAAGGAGAAGCUCUUCCUGAUGCUCUGGUGUCCCAUGCAGGCCAAGAUCAAGGACAAGAUGCUCUACUCCAGCUCGUUUGCUGCCCUCAAGAAGGAGUUCAAUGGCGUCCAGAAGUAUAUUCAGGCCACCGAAUUGGAUGAGGCAUGUCGCGAGUGCGUUGAGGAGCAGCUGCGCGUGCUAGACCGCAACUAAAUUGAGUAACACAUAUAACAAGAACAACAACAACAACAACACCAAUGACCACUACUACUACUACUACUACUUAUACUCAUACUAACCCUAGGACUAACCCUAAGACUAACACUAACACUAAAGCUACAUUAUCGCAUAAUAGCAGCAAGCACUAGAAAAAGCGAAAAACAAGAACAAAAACAAAAGCAAAAACAAAAGCAAAAAGAAAACACAUUGUAAAACCCAUUAACUGGCAGCCAAAUUGGCUCUCAAAUUGUUGAGUUGCAUAUUAAGCAUAAUUAGCUUUAAUCUUCUCGCUUGUCGAAGCAUUAUUUCCGUUACAAACACACACACACACACACACACACACAUAGAUAAUUCAAGCAAGACAACGCCAUCUUUAGCAUCUGGAAAUCGAAAUCUGUUGAGCUAUAUAGGCUCCACAUGGCGCCACAUUUGCAACUGGCUCCGCUUGCUGGCAAUUUGAUUUGAUUUUGCAGCUUCUAAUGAGCCCAUUUAACAUUUGGCUGGGCGCGGCCACGCCACGCGGCAUCAUUUUGCAGCGUCAACUGUAAUUUAUUGCGGCCCCACCCUCAACUGUGAUGAGACUCCAUCCCCUACUCGAUACGACGCCGCCCCCAUCAGUCUGGGCUAAAAAUAAUACGAAGACGACAAAACUUUUACCAUUGAGACUUUUUAUCUCAUUCAUAAAUCAUGACCGAGUUGAGAUUCAGAACCAGCCGCCUUCAGCCUUCAGCCGCCUGCAGCUUCCAUCCAGCUUCCAGACUUCAAUCACCAGCCUUUCCAUUUCAUUUGGCAGAGCAUUUGGAAUUAAUCAAGCCGGGAAUGAGCACGUCGCCUGCUUAAAUUAAGAAUACAGCAAAAUACAAGAGAAUUUCUUACAUUCCGAGUGCAAUGAGCCCAAUAGUUCGAGACUCGGCGACCGGCUAAUGGCGAGGCAAGCCAGCGUCAAAUGCAAAUAAACACAGACGAUAUAUAAUGGCAUUUGGAUUCGAUCGGCUUGCGGUGUACUUGAACAAUGCCAGCUCGUUUGGCCGGCGAUGCCCCAGAAGGGAAUUGGAAUUCGAGCUCAUGAAUAUUCAUCAUACGCCCCGUUGCGACGACUGUCGCCCAGCAAAGCUACUUGGAGCCACAAGCAGGAAGUUGAUAACAAAGCAGAUUCAAGCGGAGCUUGCCAGAUAAUGCAUAAGGAAACAUAGCAAGAGACACAACAACAAGACAAAGAGUGCAAGAAACAGAGACAGAGAGAAAAACACACAGACUGAAAGAGUGCACAACACAGAGACAGAGAGAUAGAGACCAACCAGCCCUACAACUACACCCACACCACCUCACACCACCUCACCACCUCACACACUCACACAAAAUCAAAGCAAAACCGAAAAGGGCACACAGCAAACAAAACACGAGCCAAAAAUCCACGCAAAUCUAGUGGAAAAUUAAAAUUUUGCCAAUUUAUGCGUGCAACAAGGACAGCAAAUGCCAACCAGCGCCAGAGCGUGACGCCAGAUUUGGGAGCAAAGGUAGCGCCGGCGAAAGGGGGAGGCCAAAUUUCGUUUAUAUUGCAAAGCACGCAAAAACAAAUAGAAGAAGACCAAAACAAACAAAACAAAAAAUAAUAAGGGAAAAGAUUUUUGGCUGCCCCACAUUUUGGCGUCCCUUUAAACAGAGACCACAUUCCGGCCAUUGGCCUCGAUAUUUAUUAGACGCACAGAAAUCGCAGGAGAUGCCGAAGCAUUGACUGCUCAAUUGGCUCGCACCUUGCCAGCUAAUCAAGGUGAAACUAUCAACGAAUUUAUCAAAAUUAAAUGCUAUUCGAAGCACAAAUUAUAUGUAUUGACUAUUGAAA